AUGGGGGGUGGGGGCAAGGAGGUCACUGCUGUAGCCUUUCUCCUCUGCACCAGGACCUGCCAGGUGCAGCAGCUCUACGCCCCACAGCUCUACGCUCCACAGCUCUACGCUCCACAGCUCUACGCCCCACAGCUCUACGCUCCACAGCUCUACACUUCACAGCUCUACGCCCCACAGCUCUACACUUCACAGCUCUACACUCCACAGCUCUACACUCCACAGCUCUACGCCCCACAGCUCUACGCUCCACAGCUCUACGCCCCACAGCUCUACGCCCCACAGCUCUACGCUCCACAGCUCUACGCCCCACAGCUCUACGCUCCACAGCUCUACGCUCCACAGCUCUACGCUUCACAGCUCUACGCUCCACAGCUCUACGCUCCACAGCUCUACGCUCCACAGCUCUACGCCCCACAGCUCUACGCUCCACAGCUCUACGCCCCACAGCUCUACGCCCCACAGCUCUACGCUCCACAGCUCUAUGCUUCACAGCUCUACGCUCCACAGCUCUACGCUCCACAGCUCUACGCCCCACAGCUCUACACUCCACAGCUCUACACUUCACAGCUCCACACUCCACAGCUCUAUACUCCACAGCUCUACACUUCACAGCUCUAUACUCCACAGCUCUACGCUCCACAGCUCUACGCUCCACAGCUCUAUACUCCACAGCUCUACACUUCACGGCUCUAUGCGCCACAGCUCUACACUCCACAGCUCUACGCUCCACAGCUCUAUGCGCCACAGCUCUAUGCUCCUGGUAUAAAGGCAGUGGAACAAGAAGCUAGUGGCUGCAGCUAUUUACUGUAUAAAAGGUCUUUCUAA